AUGGCAGCCUGGACUGUGUGGAUACCCCUGAUGUGUGCAGUCCUCACUGGGCCAGGGUCAAAGGCUCAGGAAUGUGGAGUGGCACCUCUGAACACAAAGGGAGACACAAGAAUAGUGGGAGGUGAGAAUGCCACAGCUGGGUCCUGGCCCUGGCAGGUCAGCAUGCACUUCAGUUCUGCUGGGUUUAACUCUCACAUCUGUGGAGGGACCCUCAUCAGUGACCAGUGGGUACUGACAGCAGCUCACUGCAUAAUAUCAAACUCCCUUAGUGUAUGGACUCUCUACUUGGGAAGAGAGACACAGUCUGGCACUAAUGCUCAUGAGGUAAGCCGCACUGUGUCCAAGAUCAUCGUCCAUCCUGACUACAACAACACGCUGUUAAACAACGACAUUGCCCUAAUGAAGCUCAGCAGUGCCGUCACUUUCACCAGCUACAUCAAACCUGUCUGCCUGGCCGGUAACUCCAGCCAGUUUCACAAUUCCACCCCCUGCUGGGCUACUGGCUGGGGUAAACUGGGAAAGAAUGAGUCAUUGCCAGCCUUACUGCAGGAGGUCCAGGUUCCUGUCAUUGGAGAAAAACAGUGCAGUUGCAACUACAUCCCAGAACCAGAUGCAAACAUCACUGGCAAAAUGAUAUGUGCAGGACAAGAAAACAAAGGAGCUUGCCAGGGAGACUCUGGUGGACCUUUGCAAUGUAAACAAGACUCAAAGUGGAUCCAGGCUGGCGUUACUAGUUUUGGGGUACCUUGUGCCUUGGCUGGUUUUCCUGAGGUCUAUGCCCGAGUGUCAGAGUUCCAGACUUGGAUCAUGGAUCAAGUGGCGGGGGCAAAUGUUCACUUUGUGACUUUCACCUCCAAUGGCACCGACCAAGACGAGAGCUUUGUGUGUCGCAGCGCAGUCUCUGGAAGUGCAACCUCAGUUGCAAGUGAGCUUCCAUUCGUUGUCAUCUUAGUUACAGUGUUCCUGCAGCUCUAUAGCACAGUUUUGCACUAG